UAUCAAUACUCUCUUCAGCCGCGCUUGAGUAAUUUUUCGCACAGGGAAAGCAUGUUAUGACCUUAGGUGUGUCGGUCGCACUGCAUCAGCCCAUAACUACUGCUCCAACCGCAAACCUUUUAAACAGACUGGAUAAGUCAUGUAUUUUCCUUUCAGCAACCCAGACGGCUGGAGACAUGACCUACACGACAGGGAAAUUCUGCCUUUCCCUGCCUGAAGCCAUAUGGGUCAAAACGAUCAAAGUCAGGUUUGUAGGACGGUUAAAGAUGCUAAUAAAGCCCUAUAUAGACGACCGGAGGCCAAUCAGCCCAGAAUAUCGAAUACUGCAUCUCGAUCCCCAGCCCCACCAUCCCUUUCGGGUCCAUAUUCUCCGUGGACAUGAAGUUCCAGGCGCCAUGCAAGGACGUCAACCUCUCCGCCCUGACACUGGAAGUGGUCGAAAGCCACCACAUCCAAUUGAAUGCGACUGCCGCACAAGCAGCGCUGGAUAUCCUUCAAUAAGCGCUUCAAGAACCCAAUCGCUGUUCAAAGAAACACAGUCCCUCGUCGGGGAAAGUGGAUCCGUCAGUUGCACCGGCACGGAGUGGGCUGUGAGCUCGCGAAAGGCGCUGCCGCGGAGCGUGAGCUUGUGCUCGCAAAGUGUACGCACAAAGAUGAUUGCGAUUGACCACGCUCUUGAGGUUCGCGCCGAGUUUCGGGAUCGGAGGGGGCGUUUAUUCGACACAAUUGUAGCCAGUAUUCCGUUAUCCAUCUAUAUGACUCCUCGAGUUUUAGGGCCGGAUGGGAGCAUCUGCGACAAGGUCCUGGAGUACGGUACAUGUCCGUCGCCACCGUAUGAGAGGCACACGAGUCAAGUCAGACUUCUGGAUGCCAGUGAAGUAAUGGACGGUCCUGAGCAAUGCACAAUGUCAAUAGCAGGUAAGAGAUUAGAUGGUCAGGAGCUGCAUCGAUUUCAAUUCUUAGAGUUAGCAGCACCUUGCUACAAGCUAGCUACUGGCUGCGACCCGCCUGUCUACACUCUGUGAUAUGCACUGAGCAAGUUAUCAUUCAGAAUCAAGCUAUACAUGUCAUUUCCUCAGAAACUCA